AUGGCCUCAGAUAUAUCCUUGGAAGAGAUCAAGAAUGAGCAAGUCGAUCUUGAGAACAUCCCCGUUGAGGAAGUAUUCACACAGCUAAAAUGUUCAAGGGAGGGUUUGACAUCAGAUGAAGGAGCAAAAAGGCUCCAAAUUUUUGGGGCCAACAAGCUUGAAGAGAAAAAGGAGUGCAAACUCCUCAAGUUCUUGGGCUUUAUGUGGAAUCCUCUCUCGUGGGUCAUGGAGACUGCCGCCAUUAUGGCCAUUGUUUUGGCUAACGGAGGGGGAAAGCCUCCGGAUUGGCAAGACUUUACUGGUAUAGUAGUGCUGCUGAUUAUCAACUCAACUAUUAGUUUCAUUGAAGAAAAUAAUGCAGGCAAUGCUGCUGCUGCCCUUAUGGCCGGUCUUGCUCCCAAAACUAAGGUUUUGAGAGACGGAAAAUGGGGUGAGCAGGAUGCUGCAAUCCUGGUUCCAGGAGAUUUGAUUAGUGUCAAGUUGGGGGAUAUUAUCCCAGCCGAUGCUCGUCUUCUAGAGGGCGAUCCUAUGAAAAUUGAUCAGUCUGCCCUCACUGGCGAGUCUCUCCCUGUGACCAAGAAUCCCGGUGAUGGAGUCUACUCUGGUUCCACCUGCAAGCAAGGCGAGAUCGAGGCAGUCGUCAUUGCCACUGGUGUUCAUACGUUCUUCGGCAAGGCUGCUCACCUUGUCGACAGCACUAACAACGUCGGUCACUUCCAAAAGGUUUUAACUGCCAUUGGGAAUUUCUGCAUCUGCUCAAUUGCUGUGGGCAUGGUGAUUGAGAUUUUAGUAAUGUACCCAAUCCAGGAAAGGAAAUACAGGGAAGGAAUUGACAAUCUACUUGUGCUGCUCAUUGGAGGUAUCCCAAUUGCCAUGCCAACAGUUUUGUCUGUGACAAUGGCUAUUGGAUCCCACAGGUUAUCCCAACAAGGAGCCAUUACAAAGAGAAUGACUGCCAUAGAGGAAAUGGCUGGUAUGGAUGUUCUCUGCAGUGACAAGACAGGAACCCUAACCCUUAAUAAGCUCACGGUUGACAAGGAAAUGAUAGAAGUUUUCCCAGACAACAUGGAUAAGGACACCGUUGUCUUGUUAUCUGCUCGGGCUUCUAGGGUCGAGAACCAGGACGCCAUUGAUGCUUCAAUUGUUAAUAUGUUGAGUGAUCCACAAGAGGCACGAGCUGGAAUCAAAGAGGUGCACUUCUUGCCCUUUAACCCGGUUGAAAAGAGAACUGCAAUCACCUACAUUGACUCUAAUGGAGACUGGCAUAGAAGCAGCAAGGGUGCUCCAGAGCAAAUUAUUGAUCUAUGCGAACUCAAAGGAGAUUCAAGGAAGAAGGCCCACGAUAUCAUAGACAAUUUUGCCAACCGUGGUCUUCGUUCUCUUGGCGUUGCACGACAGACUGUUCCAGAUAAAACUAAAGAAAGUGCUGGUGGACCUUGGGAGUUUGUUGGUUUGUUGCCUCUCUUUGACCCUCCAAGGCAUGACAGCGCAGAGACUAUUCGUAAAGCUCUUGAACUCGGUGUUAAUGUCAAGAUGAUCACCGGUGACCAGCUUGCAAUUGGCAAAGAGACUGGUCGUAGGCUUGGCAUGGGCACGAACAUGUAUCCAUCGUCUUCCCUUCUAGGCCAAAGCAAGGACGAGUCAAUUGCUUCGAUUCCCGUUGAUGAGCUCAUUGAGAAGGCUGAUGGCUUUGCCGGUGUCUUCCCUGAGCAUAAAUACGAGAUUGUGAAGAAACUGCAGGAAAGGAAGCACAUUUGUGGUAUGACAGGAGAUGGUGUGAAUGAUGCACCAGCACUGAAGAAGGCAGACAUUGGUAUUGCUGUGGCAGACGCAACUGAUGCCGCCAGAGGUGCAUCAGACAUUGUUCUGACCGAGCCAGGACUUAGUGUGAUUAUUAGUGCAGUAUUGACAAGUAGAGCCAUAUUCCAGAGGAUGAAGAACUAUACCAUCUAUGCUGUUUCCAUCACAAUUCGUAUCGUCAUGGGAUUUAUGCUCAUUGCCCUAAUCUGGAAGUUCGACUUCUCACCUUUUAUGGUCUUGAUCAUCGCCAUCCUUAACGAUGGUACCAUCAUGACAAUCUCCAAGGACAGGGUGAAACCAUCUCCAGUACCCGACUCUUGGAAACUCAAGGAAAUCUUUGCCACUGGCAUUGUCCUCGGAACAUACAUGGCUGUCAUGACUGUCGUAUUCUUUUACCUUGCGUCUGAUACUGAUUUCUUCUCUAAUACCUUUAAAGUGAGAUCAAUCAGAGGCAACACAGAUGAGCUUACAGCUGCUCUCUACCUUCAAGUGAGCAUUAUCAGUCAAGCGCUCAUCUUUGUGACUAGGUCCCGAAGCUGGUCAUUCCUCGAACGCCCUGGAAUCUUGCUAUUCGGCGCUUUCCUAAUAGCCCAAUUGUUGGCUACAAUCAUUGCUGUAUACGCAAACUGGAGCUUUGCUAGAAUUAAUGGCAUUGGAUGGGGGUGGGCUGGAGUCAUUUGGAUCUUCAGCCUUGUCACAUACUUCCCACUUGACAUUCUCAAGUUCAUCAUCCGAUUCGCAUUAAGUGGCCAUGCCUGGGAUUCUAUGAUCCAGAACAAGACUGCUUUCACAACCAAAAAGGAUUACGGGAGGGGUGAGAGAGAAGCACAAUGGGCUGUCGCUCAGCGCACACUACACGGCCUCCAAACACCAGACAGCUCUGCCCUGUUCAAUGACAAAAAUAACUACAGAGAAUUGUCUGAAAUCGCUGAGCAGGCUAAACGAAGAGCUGAAGUUGCGAGGCAGAGAGAACUUCACACUCUUAAGGGACACGUCGAAUCUGUGGUUAAGCUGAAGGGAUUAGACAUUGACACCAUCCAACAGCACUACACUGUUUAA